GGGGCCGCUGCCCGGUCCCGUGUCCCCGUGUGUCCCCCCCGUGCCCCCCCAUGGAGAACUUCCAGAAGGUGGAGAAGAUCGGGGAGGGCACCUACGGCGUCGUGUACAAAGCCCGGAACAAGGUCACGGGGGAGGUGGUGGCACUCAAGAAGAUCCGCUUGGACACGGAGACCGAGGGCGUCCCCAGCACGGCCAUCCGGGAGAUCUCCCUGCUCAAGGAGCUCAACCACCCCAACAUCGUCAAGCUGCUGGACGUGAUCCACACGGAGAACAAGCUCUACCUGGUCUUCGAGUUCCUGCACCAGGACCUGAAGAAGUUCAUGGAUUCCUCCUCCAUCAGCGGCAUCGCCCUGCCCCUCAUCAAGAGCUACCUGUUCCAGCUGCUGCAGGGCCUGGCCUUCUGCCACGCGCACCGCGUGCUGCACCGCGACCUCAAGCCCCAAAACUUGCUCAUCAACGCCGACGGCGCCAUCAAACUGGCCGACUUCGGCCUGGCUCGCGCCUUCGGGGUGCCCGUGCGCACCUACACCCACGAGGUGGUGACCCUCUGGUACCGAGCCCCCGAGAUCCUCCUGGGCUGCAAGUAUUACUCGACGGCCGUCGACAUCUGGAGCUUGGGCUGCAUCUUUGCGGAGAUGAUAACCCGGCGCGCUCUGUUCCCCGGCGACUCGGAGAUAGACCAGCUCUUCCGCAUCUUCCGCACGCUGGGAACGCCGGACGAGGCGGCCUGGCCCGGCGUCACCGCCAUGCCCGACUACAAGCCCAGUUUCCCCAAAUGGGCCCGGCAGGAUUUCGGAAAAGUGGUGCCGCCGCUGGACGAGGAGGGACGGAAGCUGCUGGCGCAAAUGCUGCACUACGACCCCAACAAGCGGAUCUCGGCCAAGGCUGCGCUGGGACACCCCUUCUUCCGCGACGUCACCAGGGCCGUCCCCCACCUGCGCCUCUGAGCGGCCCCACCGUGUCCCCCCCGGACCCUGCCCGCACUCGCCGGGAUCUCGGGAUGGGACCGGCAGCUGCCUGCUGCCCACCAAGGGUCUGGAGUUGGGGCGGGGCGGGGGCUGCCUGCCGUGCCCCCCUCCUGAAUGGAACCCCCGUCCCCGCACUGUGAGAGGCGACGUCCGUCCCCGGGGGCUCGGGACCCCCCCUGCGCCUCCCACCUGCCCCCCCCCCCGGGACUGCUCUGGGCAGAGCCCCCACCCCGGCUGCCGCGGCCCCCCUGGAGCGCAGCUGGCCCCCCCCCAGGGACAGGGAGCGGGGACUGUCCUGCUCCACUCCCCAGCGUGGUGAGGCCCCCCCCCACCCUUGCUCGGACUUUUGGCACUUAUGGCCCCUUGGGGGGGGGGGCCCUGGGACCGGCAUGGCAGGGGGUGAGCGCCUUCCUCUCCCCCAUCCUCAUCCUCCUCUUUCCCACUGUCCCUCAGCACGGCACCGGCUGGGGGUGAAGCCCCGGGGGGGGUCCAUACACUCCCCCCCACUGCCCUACAGGAGCGGGAAGGGGGUUUUGCCCCCGGGGGGGUGGGUGUGAUGGGGGUUCCCCUGCAAAGCGUGUCCCCUAGAACCCCCCCCCCCCACUGUCACCCUCACU